AUGGCGACGACGACCUUAAAGGUCGAGGGAAUGACGUGCGGCGCAUGCACAUCAGCAGUCGAGGCGGGCUUCAAGGGCGUCGAUGGCGUCGGCAGUGUCUCAGUCAGCUUGGUGAUGGAACGCGCCGUGGUGAUGCACGACCCCAACAAGAUUUCUGCCGACAGGAUACGCGAGAUCAUCGAAGACCGCGGUUUCGACGCCGAGGUCUUGUCGACCGACCUCCCCUCUCCCGCGAUGCCGCGCCAGUCGUUCGGCGCCUUCCCGACAACUGAUAACGAGCCCAAUACGCUUGUAACGACAGUCUCGAUCAAGGGUAUGACUUGCGGUGCGUGUACUUCAGCCGUGGAGGGAGGGUUUAAGGAUGUUUCGGGGGUCAAGCAUUUUAGCAUAUCCUUGCUGUCGGAGAGGGCGGUUAUUGAACACGAUCCGAAGCUCCUGACCCCUCAGGCGAUAUGUGAAAUCAUCGAGGAGCGGGGAUUCGAUGCCGAGAUCGUCGAAAGCACAGCAAAGUCCUCCGAAGCCGGGGCUAAUGCUGCAGAUGGAGCGCAGAUUGGGACCAUGGCAGCCACCACGACCGUGGCCAUCGAGGGAAUGACAUGCGGGGCAUGCACCUCGGCGGUCGAGGAGGGCUUCAAGAAGGUGGACGGCAUGCUGCGCUUCAACAUCAGCCUCCUCGCGGAACGGGCCGUCAUUACUCAUGAUCCGGCGAAGCUCUCAGCAGAAAAGAUUGUCGAGAUCAUUGAGGAUAGAGGUUUCGAUGCCAAGAUCCUGUCUACGACCUUCGAGUCUGCCGGCAUUACGAGCGGGUCUUCGACAGCCCAGUUCAAGAUUUAUGGAAAUCUUGAUGCGGCUACGGCAACGGCAUUGGAGGAGAAGAUUAUGGAGCUUCCUGGUGUGACCAGUGCAAGGCUGGCUCUCAGCUCAUCUCGGCUGACGGUCGUCCACAAGCCCCAUGUGACGGGUCUGAGAGCCAUUGUCGAGGCCGUGGAGAGCGCUGGGUACAAUGCCCUGGUUGCAGACAACGAGGACAACACAGCCCAGAUCGAGUCUCUGGCCAAGACUCGGGAGAGCAACGAAUGGCGACAAGCGUUCAAGAUCUCUCUUGCUUUCGCGGUCCCCGUCUUUCUCAUCAGUAUGGUCUUCCCCAUGUGCCUGCGCGCGCUAGAUUUUGGAUCUGUCAGACUCAUGCCCGGGUUGUACCUCGGCGACGUUAUUUGCUUGUUUCUUACGAUACCCGUACAGUUCGGCAUUGGAAAGAGAUUUUACAAGUCUGCGUGGAAAUCCGUUAAGCACGGGUCUCCGACCAUGGAUGUCCUUGUCGUUCUGGGCACGUCCUGCGCUUUCUUCUUCAGCGUCUUCGCCAUGGCUGUGUCUCUACUUUUCCCCCCUCAUACGAGGCCGAGCACGCUCUUCGACACGAGCACGAUGCUUAUUACGUUCAUCUCACUGGGCCGUUUCCUCGAGAACCGCGCAAAGGGCCAGACAUCCAAGGCGCUCUCCCGUCUGAUGUCGCUGGCUCCGUCCAUGGCGACCAUUUAUGCGGAUCCCAUUGCUGCUGAGAAGGCUGCUGAAGCAUGGAACAGCGAUGCCAAGGAUGAGGCGAAGCAGCCUUUGGACGGCAAUGCCAUGGAAGAGAAGGUCAUCCCGACCGAGCUCAUUCAGGUCGGCGACAUCGUGAUUCUUCGACCGGGAGACAAGAUCCCGGCAGACGGUGUUGUGGUCAGGGGAGAGACCUACGUGGACGAGAGCAUGGUUACCGGAGAGGCGAUGCCGGUUCAAAAGAGCAAGGGCAGUCUCGUCAUCGGCGGCACGGUCAACGGCCAUGGAAGAGUCGAUUUCCGUGUCACUCGUGCCGGCCGUGAUACCCAGCUCAGCCAGAUCGUCAAGCUCGUGCAGGAUGCGCAGACGAAUCGUGCUCCUAUCCAGCGUUUGGCUGAUACUCUGGCUGGCUAUUUCGUGCCUACCAUUUUGACGCUUGGCUUGCUUACGUUCCUCGUCUGGAUGGUCCUCAGCCAUGUGCUUCCCAACCCCCCUGAGAUCUUCCUCAAGGAGACCAGCGGCGGCAAGCUUAUGGUGUGCAUCAAGCUCUGCAUUUCUGUCAUCGUCUUUGCCUGCCCCUGUGCUCUCGGCCUGGCUACUCCUACCGCUGUCAUGGUCGGAACGGGUGUUGGCGCUGAGAACGGCAUUCUGGUCAAGGGCGGCGCAGUCUUGGAGACGACCACCAAGAUCACCCAUGUUGUCUUCGACAAGACUGGAACCAUUACGUAUGGCAAGAUGAGCGUGGCCAAGGCCAACAUCCCAUCUCCCUGGAAGGACACCGACUGGCGCCGUCGCCUCUGGUGGACCAUCGUUGGCCUCGCCGAAAUGGGCAGCGAGCACCCCAUCGGCAAAGCCGUCCUCAACGCCGCCAAGUCCGAACUAGGCCUAGGCCCCGAAGGCACCAUCGACGGCAGCAUCGGCGACUUUUCCGCCGUCGUCGGCAAGGGUGUCAGCGCCCAUGUGGAACCCGCCACCUCGGCCGAACGCACCCGCUACAAAGUCCUCAUCGGCAACAUCCCCUUCCUCCAAAAAAACGGUGUCAGCGUGCCAGAGCCUGCAAUCGAAAUUUCUGAAAAGGCCGACGCAACACAAUCGGAUCCCAAGCUCAAUGCUGGCAUCACAAACAUAUUCGUUGCCAUCAACGGCAUCUAUGCCGGCCACCUCUGUCUGUCUGACACCAUCAAAUCCGGCGCAGCCGCCGCUAUUGCAGUCCUCCACCGCAUGGGCGUCAAAACGGCCAUGGUCACCGGCGACCAGCGCGGAACGGCAGUGGCUGUCGCUUCCGCAGUGGGGAUUGACCCAGCCGACGUCCACGCUGGUGUGUCACCCGACCAGAAACAGGCCAUCAUCCGCCGCCUGCAGCAAGAACAUGGUGCAAUCGUUGCCAUGGUCGGCGAUGGCAUUAACGACUCCCCCGCGCUGGCCACCGCCGACGUGGGCAUCGCAAUGUCAAGUGGCACGGACGUGGCGAUGGAGGCCGCGGACGUGGUGCUUAUGCGUCCCGACCAUCUCAUGGAUGUUGCUGCAGCCCUCCACCUAGCACGGACGAUCUUCCGCAGGAUCAAGAUGAACCUUGCCUGGGCGUGCAUGUACAACGCUGUUGGGUUACCGUUCGCAAUGGGGGUUUUCUUGCCCCUAGGAUGGCACAUGCAUCCCAUGAUGGCAGGCGCGGCGAUGGCGGCAAGUAGUGUGGAUGGUGGAGGCAGAGGAGAGGGGGUCGUGGUGAAGGGGGAGGGUUGGUUCGCUGGGUGGAGGGAGAUGUUUGAGAGGGUGAUGGGACGGAGGAAGAGGGAGGAGGGCGCUGUUUCACACAGCCUUGACUCCUCGAGACAUCAUCCCAUCUCACCCAUCAAUAUCACCACCAUGAUCCAAGGCAUCUUCUACGCCCAAUUCUUCCCCAAUGCGGGUACAAAAAUCGUAGCCCAAUCCCCCCCAGGCUGCAUCGUUCCCUCCGAAGGAAGCACCAAGCCCACGCUCUUCAACUUCGACGUCCUUGCCGAGUAUAUCAUCCCGCGCAAUCCCUUCUGCAACCGAUAUAUCACAGUCGACGACCCCGAGGGCAAGUACACUGUUCUCAGCUACCCGGUGUCAAUCUCAAACUCGAAGUACUGUCGGAACACGUUUUAUUUUAAUUUUGGGAUUGUAGUGGAGAGCGAUGUCGACCAGGCGCCGUAUGAGAAUGUGGUAAGGAGGAUUGCGGCUACGUUUGCGGAGAUGGAGAAGCAGAGUGGGUAUUUGAGUCAGGAUUUGGAGAGGGAUGAGAAGGGGAAUGAAAAGGGGGAGGGGGAUGAGAAGGGGAAUGAAAAGGAGGAGAGGGAUGAGAAGGGGGAUAAAAGAGGGAGGGGAUGA